AUGGCUAAUAGGGUGGUUGUGACGGGUCUCGGUGCCAUUACUCCAUUAGGCGUGGGAGUGACUCCCACCUGGCGGAAUCUUCUAGCUGGUAAAAGUGGACUCAUUUCCACUACUACUUUGCCUGACUAUGAGUCUGGAGGAUGGGCACAGAUUCCAUCGAAAGUGAUCGGCAAAGUACCAGAAGGUUCUAUAAACGACUAUAAAUGGCAAAGCCAGGACCACUUUGAUAAAAGUGAAGCAAGACGUUUGGCGCUUUUUACCCAAUACGGGAUGGUGGCCUCGAAGGAAGCACUUGAAGAUGCUAAAUUACAUAAUUUAGAAGGUAUAGACAAACGAAGAUUUGGCGUAGCAGUUGGCAGUGGAAUUGGUUCGUUCCACGAUGUAUAUGAGAAUCUGACACAGUUUUCACAGUCAGGAUAUAAACGAGUCCAGCCUCUUUUCAUUCCGAAGUUGCUUACGAAUAUGGCUGCUGGAAACAUUCUGAUUAAGUAUGGCUUACAGGGUCCGUUGCAUGCUGUCUCUACAGCUUGUGCUACGGGUUUACAUGCUAUAGGAGAUGCAUACAACUUUAUCAAGAACGACUAUGCUGAUGUGAUGAUCUGUGGUGGUACAGAAUCUUCCAUACAUCCACUAGCAUUGGCAGGGUUUGCCCGAGCCAGAUCUGUAGUCACAGACUUUAACGACGACCCACAGGCUGCCAGUCGUCCUUUUGACGGUAGUAGAAACGGAUUUGUGUUGAGUGAAGGCUGUGGAAUUGUUAUCUUAGAGAGAUUGGACCAUGCCUUGAACAGAGGCGUAAAGCCCGAUGAAAUCUAUGCUGAAAUCAAGGGCUAUGGCCUUUCUGGAGAUGCCCAUCACAUCACGGCUCCUAUGGAGACUGGCGAGGGAGCUUAUCUUUCUAUGAAGAUGGCUGUGGAUCGUAGUGCGAUUUCUCCUGAACAAGUGGGCUACGUCAACGCCCAUGCAACGUCCACUGUGAUUGGCGAUAGGGCAGAAAACAACGCCAUUCUUCGUCUUUUCGGUGAUAAAGCUACAGGCGUGGCUGUGAGUUCGACAAAGUCGUCCAUUGGUCAUUUGCUUGGAGCAGCUGGAGCCGUCGAGUCCAUCUUCACUAUCAAAGCAGUCAAGGAUUCGGAGAUUCCCCCUACCUUGAACUUGGACACUGCUGGGGGCCACAAGGACGACAAGGCGGAUAAUUUUUCACAUUUCGACUACGUUGCCAAGGUCAGCAAGAAGAAGGAACUCGACUACGCUUUAUGCAAUUCGUUUGGAUUUGGCGGAGUGAAUAGUACGCUUUGUUUUGGAAAGUUCAGAACAUAG